AUGAGAGUUUUCUUAUUGAGCUGUGUUAUUAUUGCCUUCGUGAUGAGUGGCCAAACCUUGGCUCUCACAUGUAAUCCAGGAAGUUAUGUUGGUAUGUUAUUUAGUGUUCUUGAUCAUUAUCGACCAUUUAUAGGAAAAUUACAAGGAAACGAUGCAUGUCUUCCGUGUGGAGUUGGUUACUUUUGUGCCAAUGGAAUCACUCAAGAAAAGUGUGCCUUCAACACCUAUUCUUCUGGCUCUGCUACCUCAUGCACAGCAUGCCGUAAUUCCAAUAGAGGAACUGAUGCUGCCAAUUCUGCCUGUUUGUUGCCAAAUACACCAGCCAAUGCUAUUGAAUUUACUAAAACAAUCACCGUUGAUUCCACAAAGCUUAUUUCAACAUUCACCAAAUUGAAUUUGGCUGGUUACGAUUAUGUUGAUGUUCGUAUCAAGCAAACACCACUCAAUCCAAAUGUUCCAAUUACCAAUAUUAAAGUUUAUGGCCACAGAAGCACUGGAUUCCCUGGACCUGGUAAAUAUGAUGGAUUUGAGAAUAGUAAGGAACCAUUUUUGAGUUAUGACAAUGAUUCUAGUGGUGAUAUCUUGUACUUGUCAAUUUAUGCUCAUCCAGACACAAUGUUGACUAUUGAUUUGCAAAGAGUCAAGAAUGGUCAAUAA